AUGGCUCCCAAGCGCGCCACCCCACGCAAGCGCUCCGCCACCGCAGAUCCCGCCACCAGUUCGGAAGAAGACUCCAGCGGUUCCUCUACCUCCCACAACCAAGAGGUGGCAGACGAGGAAACGGGGGAAUCGGAAUCGGAGGAUGCGGCGGCGGCGGAGGAGUCGGCGGAGGAUGGGGGCGAGGGGGAGGGGGAGUCGACGGAGGAUGAGGACGAGUGGGAGGCGGAGCCUGAUCCGCAGCUCGCGGCCAAGAAUCCACCUCAAUCAAGCAAGUUGCCUGCUCGCAAGAGGGGAAAGACGCCGGCGCCGGCACCAGUACAUCAAAAUGGCGAGAAGAAGAAGCUGCAACAUAGCGAAUCGGCAGAACCCAAACCGAAGAAAAGCAGGCGCAUGUGGUCUCCCGACGACGAGGUCCUGAUUCUGGAGGAGCUUGCCGAGCACCGCCUCCAGCAUGGGAAGGUGCCGGCGUGGGGCGACUACGCCUUCUUUGAGUCUGUUGCCAAGCGCCUUGAGGACAGCAGCUGCCAUUAUUUUGUUGUAAAGGAGAAAGUUCGCACCCUGCUGCGUCGCUACAAAUCUCACAUCUUAUCUGUCACGGACCAUGAUAAGCGCCUUGACAGUCUCUCCGAAGAUGUCUGGGGAGACUUGCAGGUGACCGAUGGCGCUAUUAAUGGCAGCAAACAGGCAGAGGGUGAGGGUGCCAUGGUGAGGGCUGAGAAUGGCAGCAGCGGCCAGACUCAGCCCAGGAGCUUCGAGGAAAUGUGUGAGGUGUAUCCUCUGCUUGCGCAGGAGGUGAAGAUGCUCGCGGAGGUGCAACCUGCCGUCAAAAGCUUGUUCACCAGACUAGAUGCCAAGAGAGCCCUCUACAUGCAGAAGAAGCUGGAGAGAAUUAGGUCCACAGAGGUGAAGAUCCAGGCACGGAUGGCCGCCAAGGUACAUGCACCUAAGGCAAAGAUUAGUGAGAAGCUUGCCCGUCUGCUCACAUAG